AUGUCUGAAUCAAGGAUCUUAACUUCAUCACCAGUGUUGCUGAUUCUUCUCAGUCUUCUAAUGGCUUCCUUCUUCGAUACCACAGCUGGACAAAUCGGAGUAUGCUACGGUAGGUCAGACAAUCCCCGACAAAAUUCAUCUAACGUCGUGGCUCUUUACAAGAAGCUGAACAUCCAACGUAUGAGGUUUUACGAUCCUGACGCAGAAACUCUCAACGCUCUUCGCAACUCCAACAUCGAACUCAUCCUCGACGUUCCCAAAAGAGACCUCCAACGUAUCGCCUCCAGCCAAGGGGAGGCCGACACGUGGAUCCGCGACAACGUCAAGAAUUACAACAAUGUCAGAUUCAGAUACAUCACGGUUGGAAACGAGGUGAAACCCUCUGACCUAGAUGGAAGGUCUCUCCUCCAAGCCAUGGAGAAUAUCGAUAACUCGGUUUCUAAAGCAGGUCUCCGGAUCAAUGUGUCGACGGCUAUCGACAUGGGAGCCGUCACGGACACGUAUCCUCCGUCGCGUGGAAGAUUCACGGAUGAGUAUAAGGACUUUCUCCAACCGGUGAUUGAUUUCUUGGUACGCAAGAAAUAUCCUCUGCUCUUGAAUAACCACCCUUACUUGAGCUACAAGGAUAACUUGAAGGACAUCCCUCUAGAGUAUGCUCUUUUCAAACCGACCCCUGUAGUCAUUGACAAUCAAUACUCUUACAAAAACCUCUUCGAUGCCGAACUUGACUCGGUCUACGCAGCGUUGGAGAAAUCAAGGGGAGGAUCGUUGGAGAUUGUGGUGUCGGAGAGUGGUUGGCCCACGGAGGGAGGACCAGGGACAAGCGUGGAGAAUGCUAAGACUUAUAUUAAUAAUCUGAUACAACAUGUGGGUACUGGAACUCCGAGAAGGCCAGGGAAACCUAUAGAGACUUAUAUAUUUGCUAUGUUCGAUGAGAAUCUGAAGGGUCCUCCUGAGUUUGAGAAGUUUUGGGGGUUGUUUCUUGCUAAUCAACAGCCUAAGUAUGAUGUUAAUUUCAACUAAUAUCCUUGAAGAUAUAUACUUCUUGAAGAGCUAGUGAUGCAAUAAAAUGCUGUUUUAUCUUAUUAUUUGAGGGCUUUUUUUUAAGAGUAUUAAAAAAGUGGGAACAUGUUGUAAUGAUAAGGAAUAAUGAGCCUUAAACUAUGUUU